ACUUAUGUGGUUUUGAUUAAAGUUUUGUUUUUGAAAAACGAAUAAUUAAUAAUUACUGAUCGCAGCUGUCAGGUCUCAGCGGACGUCUGUCGUUUUUCAACACUGUUGCCUGUAACGACAGAACAGCAAUAACAACAACAACAACAGCGGAACAACUUGAGCGCGCACCAAUAACACAAAGCAGCAGACAAAUUGCAGGUUGCACGUUUUUUUUCCUAUCGGUCAAAACAUGAUAAGCCCGACCAGAACAUAACCCAGCUCUCGUGCAUUUCGAAGCGACAAAUGUGCCAUUUGUGCGAACGCACAGUAAUAGCGAAGGAGCAUUAACAAGUUAUGCAAGCGGGCAGCCGCCGUCAGCCAAAUUGAAUUAGCCGGCAUGCUGCUCAAUCGAUUUGUGCUAGCCAUCAAGAACCAGUCCCGCGAAACGCUGCGCGCCUGGACCUACCAAUGCGAGUCGAUAUUUGCCCAGCGGUCCCGUCGCAUCCAGCAGCUCUUGAGUUUCUACCAGUCAGUCUAUGGAACUCAGGGAUUGAAGCAACUAUGGAGAGCCUAUUACCGUAGGGAGCUGCAGCCACCGCUCCGGGGUAUGGUGAUGAGUGCGGUGGGCCUCGUGGGGCUGAACAUUAAACGGUUGGGCAGCGAUGGCUUUGACUGGAACAAGGAGCGACUGGCUUUAUCCAAUUUUGAUCUGUGCCGCCGGGAUGUUGAGUUUAUCAAUGCCCUGCCUCACAAUCAACUCUGCGAGCGCUGCCAGUCCAAAAAGAUGAAGUACUGCUACUGUCUGCUGGGCAAUCAACGCUGCAGGAAAGGCCAAUCUAAUCCCUCGACCAGCAAGGAGGAGGCUGAGGCCGAGUCCAGCAUCAGCAACUGCCGGACACCACUUGGUCUGGAUACGCGCAAUGCUCCAGCGGGAACAGUACACAUUCAGACCCAGGACGACCACAAGUGGGAGCCCUAUUUCAGCAAGAACGAGUUCAGCAUUUGGCGGCGUGAGGAGCGAUCCUCCUUGUAUUCCUACAAGGUUUAUGCCCGUUUCGACGACAUCACAGCCGACGAUUUCCUUCACGUUCAAACCGAUCUGGACUACCGCCGGCAAUGGGAUAACACAGCCUUGAGACUGGAGCUCAUCAGCGAGGAUCCCGUGCCGGGCAGCAACUCGCAUCUGAUUUAUUGGGAAAUGCAGUGGCCGCGACUGUUUGCCAAUCGUGACUAUGUUUAUUGCCGUCGUUACAUCAAGGACGACAACAAAAAGCUGAUCUUUAUCUGCAACCGCGGGGCCACGCACAACACCUAUCCGGCGUUGUCUGGGAAAGUACGCGUAACCGACUACUGGAGCCUGAUGGUCAUAAAGCCCUUCCGCAGCUUCCACGAGCCGGGGCUGCACUUUGUGCUCACAUACUAUGAUGAUCCUGGUGUACCCAUACCGCAGAAUAUCAAGUCCUGGGUGACCCAAAAGCAGAUGCCCGAGUUCCUUACCAAGAUGUACGUGGCCACCAAGAAUUAUGCCUGUUCGCGAGCCAUCAAGAUGAAAGACAUGUUUCACGGUUUCGCCCUUAUAAACGAUGAUUAUACGGCCAACGAGCAGCGCGGCAGCUGGCUAGGAAGUUUGAGCCGGCGUAAGGGCAACAGUAAACCGGAGGCAGAACGCUAGGUAUCCUCUCUAAUAUCCUCCCGCUCACAUCAGACCUUCCUGCCCCACAGAGCCACUAAUCAAAGAAACCACACACAUAGUUUCUUCAUCAGUUCACCCCUACCUUCCACUGGGAAAUCAAUUCAGGCGAGACUACACGAAGCCACAGAACCCCAGAGCAAGUGUGCAAUAACUUUUGGUUUUUUUCGCUCAUAGAAUGUGUGCCACAUUGAUGAGGAGCUUUAAAUAUAAAUAUAUUUAUACAUUAGCUACUUAGCUAAACCAAAAUAUAUUAAGUUUAGAAAUUGGUUUAAACGCAAAUAGAAAUUAUUGAAAUUAUUUGUACAAUAAAGAAACAUACAUGGAGAAA